AUGGAGACUCGUCAGGGCUGCUGCCACAGUUUCAACAAGAUGCUGAGUCCAGGAGCUGAUGAGCACCAGGAACAACAGCAUGGUGAGAUUGCAAUGGUCCUGAAGGCUGAAGAGGAAGGAGGAAAGAAAGGGCUUGUACAGAGCGAGCUUGCUCAGGGUGAGCUUGGUCAGGGCGAACUUGCUCUGGGCGAACUUGCCCAAAGCAAGCCUGCUCAAGAAGAGCUUGCUCAGUCCGGUCUUACUCAGGAAGCCACAGGAGUGGUAGAGGAGGGAGAAAACGAAGAAGAAGAAAUGGAAGGAGGACAAGCUGGAGAUGGUAGUUCUGGCCCCAUGGACAAGGGGAUCCAGGCCGAUGGUGGCCAUGACGGAAGUGUUCAACAGCAGCCUCAGCAAGAGGCAGCAAUGCCUGAGGGCACCAAGAGUCUCCAGACUCGGGACAGGCAGCCAUUCCGGAGACGCACCAGAUUCACCCAGUCUCAGCUGAAGGACCUGGAGCGUCUUUUCCAAGAGAAUCGCUAUCCCAGCUUGCGAGCAAGGAAGGAUCUUGCAAGAUGGAUGGGUGUGCCGGAAGCAGAUGUGCUGGAUUGGUUUAGGACCAGGAGAGCCCUUUUCAGGAGAAGCAAUAGAAUGGAGGGGCUGAUCGAUGCACCACCUGGUCGCCAGAACAACGACCCCUGA